AUGUGUCAAUUCCACGCCCACGACGUCAACACCAACUCCAAUUUCCACGAUGUGGUCACUAAGCAUACCAAGUUGCAGCUGGCAGUCGAAUUUGAUCGAAAGAUCUUAACAGGAAGCGUAAUCACUACCCUAGAGCCUCUCAAAGCUGAAGGUCUCGAGACUGUCAUCCUCGACACCAGCUACCUCAACAUCCUCAGCGCAAGUGUGGGUGGGGAACACAUCCAAUGGCAGCUGGGCCAAGCCACGGAUCAAAAUGGCCGCCCACUGAUUGUGCAGCUUGGUCGCGGCUACACCCAGGGUGAGAUCUUGGACCUUGAGAUUCACUUUGAGACUACCAAUCAAUGCACCGGUCUCCAAUGGUUCAGCCCCGAGCAGACAGAUGACAAGCUAUACCCCUUUUUAUUUUCUCAAGGAGAGCCCGUCCAUGCACGCUCCAUUUUCCCCUGUCAGGAUACUCCUUCUGUCAAGACAACGUUUGACAUAACCGUCUCCUCCCCAUUGCCGGUUGUUGCAAGUGGUAUCCCUCAGCAUGAUCUUCUGUUCCCUCCUGCUGUGAACAUGACAGACGCAAAAGAGUACAAGUUUCAGCAAGAUGUUCCUACCUCUAACUACCUUUUUGCCGUCGCUAGCGGGAAUCUGGCUGGAGCAAAGAUUGGCAAGAUGAGCUAUCUCUACUCUGCGCCAUCGAGCUUAGAAGCAGCUGUGGCUGAGCUUCAACCCGAUAUUGACGCAAUUAUUGACGCUACCGAGAGCCUCAUUUUCACGAACCCCUGGCCGCUCUACAACCUCGUCAUCCUCCCCAAAUCCUUCCACCUCGGCGGAAUGGAGAACCCCGUCUUCAACUUCUACAGCGCCACAGUCAUUUCUGGUGACCGGGAGAACAUCUCUGUCGUCGCGCACGAGUUUGCGCACAACUUUAGCGGCAAUUUGGUUACAAACUCCUCAUGGGAGCAUUUCUGGCUGAACGAAGGCUGGACUGUUUACAUCGAGCGCGAGAUUCUACGCCAGGUCAAGGGCGAGAAGGCAGCCGUCUUUGAGGCAAUCGUCGGUUGGAACGAACUCAUCUAUGGCAUCGAGUCGUAUGGAGGUAGCGAGAGCCCGGAAACGAGCUUGGUCUUAGACCUUCAGGGAAAGCGGCCGGACGAUGUCAUGUCCAGGAUCUCGUACGAGAAGGGAUACACAUUUCUGUGCUUCUUAGAGAAGUUGGUUGGACGAGAGAAGUGGCUGCCCUUCAUCCCGCAUUAUUUCAGAAAGUUCUCACGAGCAACACUGGACUCGUACACCUUCAAGGCUACAGUUUUGGAAUUUUUCUCUCAAGACGCUGCCGCCACGGAAGCCCUCAACUCCAUCAACUGGGACGAAUGGUACCACAAGCCUGGCUUGCCUCAAAAGCCCGACUUCCACUCUCCAGAGUACGAUGGGUGUCUCAACCUUGCCCAGAAGUGGAUCGACAUGGCUCGUGACUCAGCUACCUCGGUCUCUGCUGCCGAUGUCGAGGGCUGGAGCGCUGGGCAGCUGAACGUGUUUCUCGAUGCCCUUCUAGAUUCGCCAACACCCAUCACUCUGGACUCUUCCCAGCUUCUUGGCACUCUAUACGGGCUAAGGAAGUCGACCAACUUUGAGGUGUUGUCGCGAUAUCUACGAGUCGGCUUGAAGGCAGGAGACCGAGGUCUUCUUGAAGACACCGAGGCUUUUCUCGGAGAAACUGGACGAAUGAAGUUUGUCAGACCACUGUUCGAAUGUUUGCAAAGUCUAGAUAAAGAGUUUGCCAACAAGGUCUUCUACAAGUAUGAGAGGUUUUACCAUCCCACUUGUAUUCGCCUGUUGGAAAAGGUGCUUGGGAUUACGGUGUGA